AUGUCUAGCCUCCCUGACAGUCCCUCGCCUUCAACAGGCACGAAUUCGAUCCUCGUUAACGACUUUCCCGUCCCCGUUGUAGCCUUUCCGGGCGCUGAGGCUGUACCGGCGCUCCUGAGCCAGCUCACCGCAACGAAGGCGUACGACCGUGACGAGCUCACCGGCGACAUGAACACCUGGCCGCACGUAACUAUUCGGGGCACGCGAUACAUGCUGGAGGAGUGGCUAUACAAGAAAAGGAAGAGGUCAUCGUGGAUCGCUGAAUACGGUGUGCGGCGCAUCUGGGGAUCGCACGACGGCGAUAACCUCGGGCAUGCCAUCUUGAACGUGCUCACCGAGUUCGGUCUACGCGAUGCCGUUGGCUACUUUCAAGCCGACAACGCCAGGAUUCCUUCCUUCGUAUUGCCCGGAGGCACAACGGCUUAG